AUGGGCUUCUGGGCAAAGGCAAGAGAUGAGAAAGAGAGGAGGGCGACGUUGGGCUGGGCGGCGCUAGCCAAGGGCUGGGUGACGUCAGCCAGGCACGGGGCUACGACGAGCGUAGGCCAGACAGACGCAAUCCAGGCAACAGGCUGGAUGAUGUGCGUCGCAGGCCAGAUAGCCCUGCAGGCUGGCCGACGGCGGUCGCAAGGUAGGCAGCGCCAGCGAGUGCUCGAUUUGGUAGGGGCACUAUGGUAG